UAAAUGGUCUGCUAGAAAAUACCUUAGUUUUCAGUGAAGAUGAUUUCAAAAUAUGCCCAGAAUCCAAGGACACUGCCUGUAGGGUUGGGAUUUUAUCUCAGGAGGACAGAAUUACCACUAGCAUGGACAUGCAUAAAGGGAAUUCUUAUGUGCAAUUGCCAGUCUUCUUCCCUCACAAACUGUUUCAGGAGUACAUGGCUGGAGUCCAUCUUGCUUCCCUGUAUGAAUCAGAUCGUAAUGAAUUCAACAGGCUGAUUGAGCAAGUAGUGCUGCCAAGGAAGGGGGAGUUCAGGUAUCUCCUGUACUUCACUGUGUCACAGCACAAAAGUAUUGCAACCCAUGUAAUGAAGUCUAUGCUUCAGGCACUACACAUGGCUUUAAAUACAGAUAUAGAUUUCAUUGUUGAUGUAACCUUUGAGAGUCAGGACCCAGAUGUAGCAGCCUUGGUGAGGGACAAGCUUUCAUCAGAGGAGAUUGAGCUGAUCAUAGACCCAGACCUAACAGCACACACUGUAGCUGGUUAUGCAUUCAUUGGACCACAUGUGGUUGAACUCCAUAUUCAGAUAAAGUGUGGACCUACUGUGUCACUUGAUGUGGCAGAGAUGAUAUGCUCCAUGCCAUCCUUGAAGAAAGUUUCUCUUCGAUCUGCAUUCCAUCAUUGUUUUUAUGAAACACUUGCAAGGAAAGGAAAAGAGUCAAAGGUGAGCAGUUUAUCCACAAUUGUGAUGUAUGUGUGAGUUUUU